AUGAUUCAAAGAACUCUCAACUUUCAAAGUUUAAGAAAAUUUCUUCUUCAACCUGGUUAUUAUCUCUCUUCUUCCAAGAUAGGAGCUUACAAUGGGUACACAUCUCAACCCUCACCUCUUCCAAUUCCAAGUGAUGAAGAAGAGUAUGCUAAUGUGGAUUGGGACAGUCUUGGAUUUGGAUUAAUGCCAACUGAUUUUAUGUAUGUAACAAAAUGUGAUGCGGGCCAAAGUUUUGGAGAUGGGCAGAUGAAUCGGUAUGGGAACAUUGAACUUAGUCCAUCAGCAGGGGUCCUAAAUUAUGGCCAGGGAUUAUUCGAAGGCACGAAAGCAUACAGAAAAGAAAAUGGGAAGCUGCUGCUCUUCCGGCCAGAAGAAAAUGCAAUUCGCAUGAAGAUUGGUGCUGAAAGAAUGUGCAUGAUACCUCCUUCCAUUGAUCAAUUUGUUGAUGCUCUGAAACGAACCGUUGUCGCAAAUAAGCGUUGGGUUCCUCCACCGGGCAAAGGAUCGUUGUACCUUAGGCCAUUGCUCAUAGGAAGUGGUCCGGUUCUUGGUUUGGCUCCUGCACCUGAAUACACAUUCCUCAUAUAUGCUUCCCCGGUUCGCAACUAUUUCAAGGAAGGUUCGGCUCCGCUCAACUUGUACGUAGAAGAGGAUUUCGACCGUGCCUCUCGUCGUGGCACCGGAAGCGUUAAAACCAUUUCCAACUAUGCACCUGUCUUGAUGGCACAAAAUAGAGCCAAGAGCCGAGGAUUUUCGGAUGUGUUAUACCUCGAUUCAGACAGAAAGAAAAACCUGGAGGAGGUCUCUUCUUGUAACAUUUUUAUCGCCAAGGGAAAAAGGAUUUCAACACCUGCUAUCAAUGGAACCAUACUGUCAGGAAUCACUAGAAAAAGUGUCAUCGAAAUCGCUACUGAUUUGGGUUAUCAGGUGGAAGAGCGCGUUGUUGCGGUCGAAGAAUUGACGGAGGCCGAUGAAGUUUUCUGUACAGGAACUGCUGUUGGUGUUGCUCCUGUAGGGAGUAUCACAUACAGGAAUACAAGGGUGGACUAUAAAACAGGUUCUGGUUCCAUUUGUGAAGAGCUGUGCAAAACAAUUUUAGGAAUACAAACUGGUAGUAUUGAAGAUAAGAAGGGAUGGAUUGUUGAAUUUGAUUAA